AUGCAAGAAGUGGUCAAUUCACUACCAGGCGGAUAUCCAGAAUCGAUACAACCGCCUACCUCGAACCAACAGUCACUUUCGCAAGCUGUUUAUUCCAGGAGAUCUGAGUACACGAGACCGAAACAUAUCAAGAUCAAGGUUGGAACUUGGAAUGCUGCUGCUUACAAAGGUGCCGAGAAAGAUAUUGCUUGGUUUGUUGAUGGCAAAGGCAUCGCCGAAGGGUUGACGGAUCUCAGUGUCAAUGAUGAGUCUGAAGCACACGAUGAUGCAGUAGCGCAGAAUCGGAGCUCACUGGAUGACCGCGAAGGUGUGGAAGACCAGGAAGCCCGCUACGCGAAAAAGAAAUCGACCUUACCGCAAAAUGAUCCAUCAUUAUUGCCUGGCGGCGAUGAUAUUGGACUCUACCUUCUUGGACUACAGGAGAUCGUGGAUGUCAACUCUGCUGCAGAGGCUCUUCGACCAUUCACGGAUGCUUCGGUGGCACAGAGAUGGAAAAGUGAGAUGGAGGCUCAUCUUCCAAGAGGCUACAAGUUCAUUGCAGAGCAACAGCUUAUAGGUAUGCUGUUACUCGUCUAUGCUUCUGAGGAUGUGGCUGCAGAUAUCAAAUCGGUCAGCACUACUAGUGUUGGCACAGGUCUCAUGGGCUAUAUGGGCAACAAGGGUGCUGUCACUGCCAGGAUUGUACUAGGAGAAACCACUCGUCUUGUUUUCGUCAACGCUCACCUUGCUGCUGGUACAGACAAGGGUGCUGUCGAGCGUCGAAACUGGGAUUAUGGACAAGUCAUGAGUCGCACGAAGUUCGAGCCCAUCAACGAUUCUAUGGGCCUUUCACAAAAUGUUGGUGAAGGUAUCGACGACGCAGACUUUGCGUUCUUUGUCGGCGAUCUCAACUACAGACUUGAGGGCAUUCCUGGUGAAGAUGUCCGUCGCUUGCUGAUGCUCCACACUCGUAAUGAAUACGACUUGUCGAAGAAGCAAAGCAAAAAAGCUGAGCAAGAAAUUGUACGCAAGCAGGCUUCUAUUGAGCGACGAAGGGACAACCGAAAGUCCACCGACUCUGGCGUAUCACAAGUCUCAACAGUCAGAUCACGCGACGACGAUGAGGGCGAAGACGAGGACUUUGAUCCUGAGGAUGUGCUCGAUCCGGCUAGCGAUCCUGCUUCGUUGCACACUACACUGUCAUCUCUCCUUCCUCACGACGAAUUGCAUCAACAGCAAAAAGCGAGAAAGGCUUUCCAAGGCUGGCAAGAAGGACCUAUCACAUUCCUGCCGACUUACAAGUAUGAUGCUGGAAGUGUUGGAGUCUUUGAUUCGAGCGAGAAGAGGCGUGCUCCCAGCUGGUGUGACCGUAUCCUCUGGAGAACACGACGCGAUAUGCUUGCCUAUGAGAGCACGAUUGCUGAAGAAGAAGAAUCCAGAAAAAAGGACGAAGAGAUGAAGAAUAGCGGUCUGGAUGAAGCAGGCAAAGAUGAAGAGAUGUUAUACGAUUACGAUCCUGAUGAGGAUGCAGACGAAGCUGGUUCUUACGAUGAAUACGAAGAUGUGCCUGAGGGAACAGUCAUCACCAAGGAAGGCUUUGCUGAUGAGAUCAGUCUGGAGGCAUACGUGGCGCAUCAACGAGUCUUGUCAUCCGACCACAAGCCAUUAGAUGCCGUCUUUUCGUUCAAGUACGAUGCAGUAGUGCCAGAGCUAAAGUCGAAGAUCCAUCAGGAAGUCGCGCGGGAACUGGACAGAGCAGAAAAUGAAGGCCGGCCGAAUGUGACAGUUGUGGUUGAUCGCCCGCACUCCACCGAAGAAGGCAUUUCUGAUGAAGACCCACUAAAAUUCGAAGGAGUGUGGUUUGGAGAAAUUAGAUAUGCCAUGCACAAGCGCCGCAGCCUAACCAUAGCAAACACAGGCCAAGUCGACGCAACCGUCUACUUCAUCGACCGACCCGUAGGACCCGGUCAACACCCUGGCAUAGCACCCAUCUGGGUCUCCCUCAAAAUUGACGACGGAAACGGUAAAUUAUCCUCCGAUCUCAGUAAACGAACACUUCAACCCGGUCAAGCCUUUAAUGUGGAACUCGAACUCCGUAUCAUGGAUCUCAGUCUCGCACGCGCCUUCAACGAAAGCAUCAAAUCUCUCGAAGAUAUCCUGGUCUUACGCGUUGAGAACGGGCGUGAUCAUUUCAUCCCUCUGCGUGGCACCUGGCUCGAAAGCUCUCUCGGCCACUCCAUCAGCAAAUUGAUCCGUAUCCCUGAAGGCGGUAUUCGCAAACUGCAGCGCCAGAAACCGGAUAGCAGUAAAAGCACCACCUCAGCCUCAAGCAGUGUAGUAGAUGACGAAACAACACCGGUAAAGUGGUCGGCGCCCCGCGAGCUGUUCCGGCUGACGGAGGUGAUAGAGGAAUUGAUCGUACGUGUUACUGCCGAGUGGGGAAUGUUAAACGACGACUCUUCCCUACCUCCUUGGGAAAAAAUUGCUGGAUGGCCAUUUUCGCCUUCUUCAUGGACAUUUACAGAUGAAAAGGAAAGGGCAAAUCGACUUGCUGAUAUCGCAGAAGCUUUGGAUACUGAUGCCUCGUUUGAAGCAACGCUGCCACCACUUUCUCAUCUGGAAAGAUUGGAAAGUGUGGCUGAAUUUCUGAUACUCUUCCUUUCCGCCAUGCAUGAAGGAAUUGUUACACCAGCUCUCUGGACCACGUUAGAUGAAGGCCUGCGAAAACAAGAAAAGCUCAAACCGGCACAACAGAGCACCCCCGAGGAACAACGCACAUGGGCACAAGAAAUCCUCUCUUCUUCCCCUGCACAUUCGAUUUCUUUCAUCUUGAUUACUGGCAUGUUGGAUCGCUGUAUUUCAGAAGUGUUGGCGGCGUUUCAACACAAUAAUGCUUCUCUGCUCUCUAAACCUCCUAGUGCAGAGUUUUGGGCGGGGAUACCGCAGGGUUUGAGGAAGAAGGGCGUGGUUAAAGAAGGGAGAGAGGCUUGGAGACAGGGUGUGAGUAGAGGAUUAAGUGCUGUGGUGUGCGGUGCUAUUGUUAGGGGAGGAGUCGAAGGCAAGGAAAAGGACAAGUUGGCGGAGAUGGAGAGAAAGGUUAGGUUUUUGGAGUUGUUUUUGGGGUGA